AUGCUAGAAGCUAACGAUAUCCACAAUGGCGUCCCAACGCUGCUGGCAGUGGCAUGCCUCUUGCUUCUGAGUCGGUAUACGUCCUGCCUUAAAGGGCUUUGGUACGGGGCGCAAGAGGACACAGCUCGCGGAAUCGACGGAACAAAGCUAUACUACGGCGGAAGCAGAUGGCCACAGUACGAGGCUAGGUUCAACCUCAGGCUGUCCUACAUAUACGGGCCAGCGUUCCUGAUCAGUCACCCAUCUACCGCGUUGCUGGCACGACUCCGGCGGUGGUUGAUUCACUGCGUAUACGGGGCUCGGGAUUCUUCAGAGACAACGCUUCUCAUCAACUCGUUGUCAGAAAAUGAACGCUCGCUCAAAGCCUUACUUGGAGCGUGCGCUUCUCGGCGGCCCUCGAUCGCAGCAGGGAAGUAUCUCAGCCGCGGCCGGAGGAUUGUCCUCCAGCCGUACGGUCCGGAUUGGACACGCUAUCGCCGGGCGUUCACAUCGCUUCUGACGAAGGAGAAGAUCAGUACAAGGUGGACGCGAGCGCUGCGCCAUGAGGCGGUCAUCAUGGUUGGCCGCAUCGCCAAGCUCGGGAACUCACGGAUUGGGACCGACACAACAGUGCUGGACGAGAUAUCGCGCUUCACCGCUUCGAGCGUCCUGCAGAUCACUUACGCCCGCAGGGCUGAGACCCCGGAUGACCCUAUCUUGAAAGAUCUGAGGACAGUUUCGCAGAACAUUGCAAGCGCCUUUACGCCCGGAAGAUAUUGGGUUGGAGACUUCCCAAUACUAGACAUCUUCCCGACCUUUAUUUCGCCGUGGAAGAGGAAGCUGAUCUCGGAUCACCAUUUUGAAAUGGCAUUAUUCAAGAGCUUGCUUCAUAGUGUCGAGGUCAGACCAGACAGGAGCCAGAGGGCGUAUCGCUGCAACUUACCCGACCAAGGUGAAAACAGUGUCAUAGCCCCCGAGGAGUGUGCUGCCGCCGAGCUGCUUCGAAAACGAGACCAGCUGCAGCUAAAUCAAGACGACAUCGCGUAUCUCGCGGCUGGCAUAUUCGAGGCCGGCACGGAGACAACAGCCAUGACCAUGAACACAUUCCUGCUUGCCGCUGCAUGCUACCCGGAGAUGACAAGGCGCGCACAGGCAGAGCUCGACGCGACCACAUACGGCAAGUCGGACGAUGAGGAAUCACUGCCAGAAUUUACAGAUUUGCAACAUAUGACAUACCUCAGCGCAGUGGUAAGGGAGGCACUAAGGUUGACUCCGACUGGGAGCUCCGGAGUGGGACGCACGCUGGCGAAGCCCGGCCUACACGAUCUGCACCUGGAGGAUGGUGUUGUCGGCGGCGACAAGACAAGAGUCACCAUACCAUCCGGAGGUACAGUAUUGGCAAAUACCUACGGCCUGCACCACGACCGCACCCGGUACCCUGAUCCGUGGCGUUUCAACCCGGACCGAUGGAUAGCCACAGACUCAAGGCAGGAACCCCAUCCACCGGGCGCCCAGAAGUUGUCGCCUUCGAAGUCCUAUUCUCUCGACCACACACACGCAAGCUUCGCCUUCGGCUUUGGGAGAAGGAUCUGUCCGGGUUCAUCACUGGCCUCACACUCGCUGUCGAUCGCCAUCGCGCUCCUCCUGCUGUGCUUCGAUUUCGAGCUGACGGACCGCGCGGAGAACCACCGCCACCGCGUGGAGGAGCUGGACCGGGAGGAGUUGAGGAGGUUUACGGAACUGUUCCCGGCGGGCCGCAACUGGGCCGCGAUGGACUGGGGGCGAUUGCACAAGGAGGAGUGCACGGAUCCGUCAGACCGCCUCGGUAGGGUCCUUAUUGACGCUUAUAUCGCGUUCAAGUUGUCCGAGGAGCAGCUGGCCGAGUGUAUACGUCUAGAGCCUCGGAAGGAGAGCCCGUGGCUGAAGGCUGAUGGAAAAUUAUAG